CCGCGCGAGUGACGGACGGCUGGGCCAAUCGCGACGCUCGCAGCAGUGCACGCGCGAGGAGCGUGAAGGGCGCGCGCGGAGAGCAGCUACGCAGGAGAGAGGCGCAGAAGCCGAAUGGUGGAGCUGAAGAUGGCGGAUGGCGACAGCGGGAGUGAGCGCGGCGGCAGCAGCGGGGGAGGAGGCGGCGGCUUCCAGCACUACCAGCGGGACCAGGAGACCCAGGAGCUGGCGUCCAAGCGCCUCGACAUCCAGAACAAGCGCUUCUACCUGGACGUCAAGCAGAACAGCAAGGGCCGGUUCAUCAAGAUCGCCGAGGUCGGGGCCGGAGGCUCCAAGAGCCGCCUGACGCUCUCCCUGUCGGUGGCGGCCGAGUUCCGCGACUACCUCGGGGACUUCAUCGAGCACUACGCCCAGCUCGGGCCUAGCAGCCCGGAGCAGAUCGCCCAGGCCACGGCGGGGGAGGACGGCGGGCCGCGGCGGGCUCUCAAGAGCGAGUUCCUCGUGCGGGAGAACCGCAAGUACUACCUGGACCUGAAGGAGAACCAGCGGGGGAGGUUCCUCCGCAUCCGGCAGACCGUCAACCGCGGGCCGGGCUUCGGCGCGGGGGGCCCGGCGGGCGGCAUGCUCUCCGGCCAGACCAUCGCGCUGCCGGCCCAGGGGCUCAUAGAGUUCCGAGACGCGCUAGCUAAGCUCAUAGACGACUACGGAGGGGACGACGAGGAGCUGGCGGGCGGGGCGGCCGGCGCCCGGGGCUGCAGCGAGCUCCCCGAGGGCACCUCCAUCAUGGUGGACUCCAAGCGGUUCUUCUUCGACGUGGGCUCCAACAAAUACGGCGUGUUCCUGCGGGUGAGCGAGGUGAAGCCCAGCUACCGGAACUCUAUCACCAUCCCCUUCAAGGCCUGGGGCAAGUUCGGGGGGGCCUUCAGCCGGUACGCGGAGGAGAUGAAGGAGAUCCAGGAGCGGCAGCGGGACAAGGGGUACGAGAGGCGGGACGAGUCCGAGGGGGACGACGCGGAGGACGACUGACGGCCGACGGGAGGAAUCCGAGCCGCUCGUCCGACAUCUGCAGCAUCAACAUCACCGGAGUGCAUGAGCCAGUCGUGCUGUAAUAGCUACUAAAGUACCGAGAAAACGUGUGUGAUCCUGAAGUUUGGAGUGAUAUCUGAAUAAGAGGCAUCUCAUUAGGGAGGGGGGGGGGGGGAGAGAGUGCUUUAUUGUAAAAAUAAUAAUAAUGGAAGAGAGAACCUACUAAAACCAGCAGAUUUGGUUUCUACAACCAUUGAAUGCUUUCCCCCUAUUUGCAACAUAGUUUAUAUUUAAAAGAGGAGCUUUUAAGAUGUUUUUUCCGGCUUCAGGAGAAAUCCUUUCAUUUUCUGCUCCAGGUCUCCUCGUCCUGGGCCUUAAUGUGUUUUCUUUUAUUUUGAAAGUGAAGUCACCUGAGAAACGUAGUGAAAGCUCCUGUGGAUGUUUUUAUGCAUGUGGGUCACGUUGCAGUUAAUCAAGAAGUUUGCCCAAAAUAUUAGAGGGAGAAGUUACUGAGGGGAUUAUCUUUUUUUAAAGUGGGGGGGGGGGUGCUGAUGGGUUUUAUGCCACACGUGUGCUGUUCCACUGAAGCACAGGAGCAUCCCUGGUGUUGGGGAGCCAACAUGUGGGUGGAGGACCUUCUUUGGGCCCCCCACCACCACCUGGGGACACCAUCCAGACCCCCCCCCCCCCCAUGCAGAACUGCUCCCUGUGCCACGACAAGGGUCCAAAUAUCCGGAGCUUCUCUGACCUUCGAGCUCUUCCGGACUGCGUCAGCGAGGGGGGGGGGGGGGUCGUGUGCUGUUUUUUUCCCAUGAGCCUCUCUGUCCCGGUCCGAGCUGGACAGACGGCCGUCUCCACCAGUCCGUUACUUUUGACGCGUUGUCGGACGGAAACACACGACGUUUCUCUUUGUUUCGUUAUUUGUUUUCAGAAAGAGAACUUUAUUAAAACAUGAGAUUCUACUUGGGAAAAAAUAUUACAGAGCAAACCAGCAGAUGAUAUUUUGAAAUACUUAUAAAGGAAAAUGUAAAGGAAAUUCCAGUCUAAACAUGACAAUAAAAAAGGUUAAUUUCUUUAAAACAAA